AGGUAAAAUCUUGCCUAGGGCAGCAAAUUGGUCAGGGCCGGCCCUGUCUUUCUUUAUAACUCUGUCAAACAAACAAGCACUGUCAAAACUUUCCAUUUUACAUUGUGAAACGUGUAACUAUACUGACAUCUACUGGUGGAGUUUUGAAUCAAUCGUUCCAACAUUUGGUAUGAUUUUGUCUAUUUAACGCUUUGAUUGACUGUUUUUCAUUAAUUGCAGGAGAUGUUAGGGGAGCUCUUUACACCCAUCGAGACCCCUGAGGCUCAGAACCGUGGCUUUCUCAAGGGCUUUUUUGGCGGCAAUACCCAAAACUUCGACCGAGAGGAGCUUUUUGGCGAGGCAGCGGCAGGUAAGGCGUCCCGCAGCCUGGCACAGCACAUCCCAGGACAGGGCGGACUGGAGGGCAUGAAGGCAGCAGCAGGCGGGGUGGUGGGAGAACUGGCCCGAGCUCGCAUUGCCCUGGACGAGAGAGGACAGAGGCUGGGGGAGCUGGAGGAGAGGACCGCCCUGAUGAUGAGCAGUGCUGACACCUUCUCUAAACACGCUCACGAGCUGAUGCUGAAAUGCAAAGACAAGAAGUGGUAUCAGUUUUAGAGGAUCCUCAGGGGUGUGCCACAAGAGGGUGCUACUCUGCUACUUGGACUUUCACUCUUUUAAGGAGAGAGCGCGAACGAGACAAAUGGACCAAGAGGGACUUAAGGGCUGUUCUGCUUCUCUUCUGUCUGUGUACAGGAUUGUCUUACUCUGAUUCUUUAAAAAGGCUAAAAUCAGAUUACGAUAUAAUGGACAUGUACCAUUAGCAUUUACGAGUAAGAGGGGUUCCACACCCAUGCUGUAAAUCAGACAACAUCUUCAUUAAUACACAGUGGUGGAUCGAGGUCUCCUCACAAGAAGCAAAUUGGUUCACGCCAUGUAGAUAUUCGAAAAGUUAUGAAAUCGACAAGAGUGCAUGAAACAAAAUGGAUGACCUAUAAAAAAACGUAAAACUGCCAUAUUAAAAAGCAGCAUGUUACUUUAAAACGAAAUGAAAAUAAAAGGUAAACAAACUUUUAUUUAAUAACCGAAGGUAAUUAUAGAAACUAUGACAAAAAAAAAAAAAACUUUCUAUUUUUUGAAAUAGCAAAACAAAUAUAUAUAAAUAAAAAAAUGUAAAUCUGCAUUGCUAUAAGGCCAAAAUAUUUUGUCUUUUUUUUUGAUGACGCCAUACUGUUCCUUUCAGUGAUGUGUAUUUCCAGAAUAUUUACCACUCUUUCUUGUCAUAUUUGACCGCAACUUAUCCACCCUCGUACUGCAAAUCGGGCCGACGGCGGCUCAGUUGGUCACUCCAACGACGUUCAGUCACAAACGCAAACUUUUUCAGUUUUCUUUGCUGCUAGCUCGCAAAAAGCACCAAAAACAACUUUUUAAUCCGUCUUCGAAAGGUACUUCACCCUCUCCUAGAGACGUAUGAUGUGACAUGGUUUUAGAAGUGCGAAUAGUGAAAUGUAUUUGGCGCCACGUGACGAGUGUGUGUCUGUGAGGUCCUUUUCGAGCGUGUUUCUCAUAUGUAAUACUUAACGUGCCAUAUUCUAGAUGGGUGAAGUAUCUUUAACUACAAACUAGCGAUGAAUUUUCUGUGGUUGAUUUUCUGGGCUCUUACUUGUAGGUAAGACAAGUCAGCCAUACUCAGACAGAAGGGUUGGCUCUUCAUGCGCGUCUGUGGAAGUACAAAUACGGUUUGAUUUGUUUUCUAUUUCGUCUUGAUGUUCGUUUUGUUUUAAAUGAUCAAUUUCAGCUGGCCUGUUAUUUCGUUUCUAAUCUCUUCAGUUGCCUCGGGGCAAAUGUAACAAAAAUUGUGUUUUGUUUUGUACCUCGUUGAGGACAACGAGUGAGUGAUCUUCAUUUUUUUCUGCCAAAGUUCGAAUGCAUCAUGAAAAGAUUUUCCUCACAUUCCAGUACAACUUUCUUCUUAUUUUUUCCCUUUAAUAUAAUGUCAAAAUGAUGUUUUCUACCUUACUAACUGUUAGUGUCAGAAGAUUGUUCGCUUGUGUCUUCUGGUUGUCAAUUGACUGUGGAAAUGGUGUUUAGACCGAUCAGUGAGCUCUACUGUUGAAUAUUCAUGUUUUUUUGAAUAUGUGUCUGGAAAGAUCAGAGCGAUUUGCGCGUGAAUUAGUGUUACGUGUAAGCUAAAUCUUCCAGAAUCGUAUUUGAGACUCAUGUUGUGUUUCUAUGAUUUGUCCUCUGAUGACCUCUGACCUUCUAGUGCUUUACUGUAACAAUCUCAGCAUAUCUUCUGUAGUCCAUGCCUCUGCCCAUUUGGCUUUGUAUAUACAAGCUGCUACUCAGUAACGUAGAUGUUGUGCAUUAAAAUACGAACUCAAGGCUGACGAGAAUACACAUCAUCAACCAUUAGUCAAACUUGGGCUUUUACGCAAUAUUACGUUUUUCCUUAUGCUUUUAUGUUGAAAUAAUAGCUCAUGAUUAAUGAAGGAAGACAAUGCAUGUGUGGAGAUUUGGACUCAAGAACACACUCAAGACUCUAAGAUGCCAAAACCAUGUAAAGAUGGUCUCUGCUGAAAAAUCCUUUACAUGGGUUUUAGUUCAUGUUCACCUUUACAUUUGCUUCAACUGAUGCUCCAAUAAUUCCUCUUCAGUGUCAAAAGAAGUAAAAACUGACUCUCACAGACAGGGUGUUUUGUUUGUAUGUUCUCAGUUUUUAUAUGAAAAUGUACAGUUCAACCUGGAGGAGAGCGACAUGGUCAUUAAACUAAAUUCUGUGAUUUGGAUAUUCCUCUGUGAAUGUCGUACCUGUUUAAAGAUGGUACCGUGUCUGAUAUUCUGACUGAAGUUCUGUAGGUCUAACUGUAGUUUCCUCCACCCCAACACCUGGUCCUCUGAUACCUUCAGAGAAGGCAGCAACGUCGGUCUUGUUUAAAUGGAUAAUGCCACCUUUCGUUCUUAUCGAUAUUCUAGUAGUGUUAUAGAGGUUAUUGAAAAUAAAAUGGAAAAAUAUGUUGAUGCAAAUCAAACUGAAAUAAACAUUUAUUGAUGUACACAACA